ACUGCCUAAAGCAGGGACUAUUGUCCCUACAUGUCCCUAGUCCCUGGGCUGGCCUGGUUGGGUUGAGCAAGAAUCUCUGGAAAGAAUGAAAGGCAGCAAAUGGAGAAAACACUACUGAGAGCACCAGAGCAGGAUAAGGCAGUGGUGGUAAGGGACUCGGGCCUGUGCAAGAGUACCAGGAAGACACCUGUGGGAGGAGGUGGCCGAGUGAAGGAAGGGGCAGUGGGAGGAGCUUCCAUGCCUAGGGACCAGUACCACCCCAGGAUGGAAGCCCAGAGUGGAGUCCUAGGACAUCAGAUCCUAAAGGGCUUGAAUACCGUUUAAGGCCUUUCUUCCGGGAGCAAGUAGGAGCCAAAGAAGGGAAGUUGUGGGACUUGUUUUCGUGAGGCCAGUUGCCUGGUGGUUACGCGUCUCUCCUCUGAAGUCAGGCAUCCUGUUCCAGAGUAUCCUGGUUGCGCUUCAACUUGCGGAGUGACCUGGGGCAAGUGACUUUAACCUCAGCUUCCUCAUCUGUGGAGUGGGGAGGGCGCAGCGCUGGUCGCCCUGAACAGGAAGUGAGACAACCUUGGGGUGCACACGCGCAGGCCCGAGCCGCAGGGUCCACGCCCGAGGCGAGGCGGCGAAUCGCGAUCUUUUUCAGAGUAACCCGCAUACAAUAAAAAGUCCCCAUGAAAAGGACAAACUAGCCAGGCGUGAGGGGCGGUGGCUCACGCCUGUAAUCCCAGCACUUUAGGAGGCCGAGGCGGGUGGAUCACCUAAGGUCAGGAGUUCGAGACCAGCCUGGCCAACGUGGCGAAACCCCCGUCUCUACUAAAAAUACGAAAAUUAGCCGGACGUGUUGGCGCGCGCCUGUAAUCCCAGCUACUCGGGAGGCUGAGGCCGGAGAAUCGCUUGAAACCUGAGGGCAGAGACUGGAGUGAGUUGAGAUCGCGCCACCGCACUCCAGCCUGGGCAACAAGAGUGAAACUCCGUCUCAAAAAAAAAAAGGACCAACUAAAAAAAGAAUAUAAAUACAGGACUUACGGGGGGAGGCUGACCCCUAAAGUAAGGGGUCGGGCUGGAAAGGAUCUCAAGGGGUCUGAGUUUGAGCCGCCGAGGCGCGCGAGCCCCAGCACUCCUAGGCAGCUGCAUCCGCCCCGGAAGAUCCCCUGGGGGCCCUGCGCUGGCUUUCCACAGCGCCAUGUUGGACGGUCCUCCCACUUCCCACCUUCCCCGCCCUCCCGCUACUCUGACCGUUCUACCUGUGAUUCUCGCUGGUGGAGUCAACUUGGAAUGGAUUCCCGCCGAACCACGCCUCCCUUUCCUGCUGCGCCCGCAGUUUCGGCCUAUCAGGUUGAGUCGGGUAAACCAGGACGGGCCAAACGACGCUCUCAUUGGACAUCACUGGUGGGGGCGGGAAGAAGGCGGAGCACGUGCCCGGGGGGAAGUAGCCGUCGCAUCGCGAAUUACGUAACGCCGCGGAGCCGAGGCAGUUCCGCUGGCUAGUGUGUACGCGGCGAGCUACUCCCGGCGCCGCCCGCUCGGCUCCCAUAGCGCCCGCGACAGCGGCCCGGACGCCGCCUGAACAUGGACUCCGCCGGCCAAGAUAUCAACCUGAAUUCUCCUAACAAAGGUCUGCUGUCUGACUCCAUGACGGAUGUUCCUGUCGACACAGGUGUGGCUGCCCGGACUCCUGCUGUUGAGGGUCUGACAGAGGCUGAGGAGGAGGAGCUCAGGGCUGAGCUUACCAAGGUGGAAGAGGAAAUUGUCACUCUGCGCCAGGUCCUGGCAGCCAAGGAGAGGCACUGUGGAGAGCUCAAGAGGAGGCUGGGCCUCUCCACCCUGGGGGGGCUGAAACAGAACCUGUCCAGGAGCUGGCAUGAUGUGCAGGUCUCUAACGCCUAUGUGAAAACUUCUGAGAAACUUGGAGAGUGGAAUGAGAAAGUGACCCAGUCAGACCUCUACAAGAAGACUCAGGAAACUCUUUCACAGGCAGGACAGAAGACUUCAGCUGCCCUGUCCACCGUGGGCUCUGCCAUCAGCAGGAAGCUUGGAGACAUGAGGAACUCUGCAACCUUCAAGUCGUUUGAGGACCGAGUUGGGACCAUAAAGUCUAAGGUUGUGGGUGACAGAGAGAACGGCAGUGACAGCCUCCCUUCCUCAGCGGGGAGUGGUGACAAGCCCCUGUCGGAUCCCGCACCUUUCUAAGCCUGUGGUUGCUUCACCCGCUGCAGAGCACACGCAACACACCCUCAGCACCACAGCCCGCAGCUCUGUUCAGCGGAGCAGCCAGCCAGGGCGGAUGAGCAGAGCCGGCUUUGAGGACAGUCCUGCCCAUCCACAUGGAGAUGUGGCUGCCGCGUUCGCAUGAAUUUAAAGAACACAGGCUUGUACACAGAUGUUUUACACUCAAGUUUGUAGAUGAAACAGAUCACUGUGCUGUCCUUCUUAGGGGUGCAGGAAGUGGACAAGGCGGAGGAUUUGAAAGAAUAUUGAGCCAAAGCCCAGGCUCCCUUUGGGAAUCAUGUUAGCCCAUCAGAAUGUUGAAGGAUUGAAGGGUUCUAAGCAUAGAAUAAGUGGCAUUUUCUGACUUCUCCCUCCUCCUUCUUCCCUGACUCACAGAGGGAAUGCAGUCACCCAGCAAGUCCUACCUGUUACGCAGUUUUUUAUCUCAAAAUGCCGAACGAGAAAACUGUCCAUUUUCUGAGACCCCCAGAAAGGAAACUGAUCCUCAGCAGCUGCCUAAUUGUUAUGCUAAUCUAGCUUUAACGGAAGCAAAUUCAUUAUUUUUUAAAUGCAGUGGACUUUUCAAAAAGUUUAAAUUAGGCAAAGCAGCUUUAGCCUCACAGAAUAUUAUUUCUUUGGACUCAAGCUGAAAUACAAGCCUUACAUUGCCUUAUGCUUUAUUUCUUUCUAAUUUUUAUAUGUAUAUAGAUGAGGGUUCCUUAAUGGUUGUGAGCCUUGUGUGGAAUUUUACACCUGGCCUGCAUGGCAGCCUCUUCCAGUUGGGGUGUUUUAUUUCACACACACUCCAUCCCAGUGUACAAAACCUGCUUCUCUUCUCAACCAUGGCAGCUCCCACUGGCUCCCCUGCCCUGCCCUAAAGGGCUCUUGAGCCUCUGGGAAUGGGAGGGGCCAAGAGAAGGAAAACCCUGUCUUUAGCACCCUUUAAAAGAGCUGUGCCCCCCUUCUCAGUGCUGCCUUUGCAUGGGCCUGGCCCGGCUCGCAUUCGUCAGUGACUCCAACCCUCCUGCUUGCUGCACUUGGGAUACCACCCCACAGGUCAGGUGGAGGGUGGGGCGUGGGCAUCAGCCAGGAUUGCUGUUGCCUUUUUCUCAGGAGCUACAAAGAUCUCUUCCUGUUACUAAAUGGUCACACCCCAGCAGCCUCUCUCCCACACCAGGGCCCUGCAUGUCAGAUGGCAUGGUCUGCAGGGGGAGCUCUGUGCCUUAGUGGCCAUUGGCAGGACACUGAGGGCCUGCCUGUGGUGUGCCCAGCUCUGCCACUCCCAGGAGGGGAAGGGCUGCUCAGCUCAAGGUGUCCUGUUUGGUAGAGCAAGUGUCCUCUGACAGCCGUGUCCCCAGACAGUUCAGACACCCUUGGGGAUGGCACUCCACACACGACAGAUAUGCAGGGGCCAGGGAACCCCAGCGCUCGGUGCCCUUUGUCCAGGGUUAAAAUCGGCCUGUGGGGUGUGGUGAGAAGGCAGGUUGUGCGGGUGUUAACUGAUGUAUUUUUUCCUGAAAGUUAUUAUAACAGUGGGUAAUUUGUCAAUAAAGCAUUCCUUUGGGGGAAAGUCCA